GAACAAAUAAUAACAACUCCUCACAGUCACAGAUCAAACACUUUCUUCGUCUUCCACAACUCUCUCUCAGUUUUCUCUCUGCGAUCGAAAAUGGCGAACGGAUGCGAGAUCUGCUGCGAGAUUCUCAUCGCCAUCCUCAUUCCUCCCCUCGGAGUCUGCCUAAAACACGGCUGCUGCACGGUGGAGUUUUGCCUGUGUUUGAUCCUGACUCUGCUCGGUUACGUUCCGGGGAUCAUCUACGCUCUCUACGCCAUCGUGUUCGUCGAUCGCGACCAGUUCUUCGACGAGUACAGGCGUCCGCUCUACGCGCCGGUGUCGGCGGUGUAGCACCAGUUUGAAUCUCUCCAACUUGAAACUCUUCUUGACUUUUAGAUUUUCGAAUAAGGUUUUUUUUUCAAUUUGGUACUCUGUAGCUUUUGGACUGGAUUGGAUUGGAUCUAUCUACUACGUAGAUUUGAUUCGAGGCUUUAAUCUGUGUUUUGGUUAGUUUGGAUUAAAUUUGUUGCGAGAACUGAGAACUUAGAACUCUCAAGUUCUGUAGAUGUCGGCAAUGGCGUUCGGUUCUGGGUUACGGAUUAGAAAUGUAUUUGAUGUGGAUGGAAAUGGUCAAGGUGUCAGUUUUUAAUGGUAUCACAGAAAUAUAUCUAUAAGAUGGUGUCGACAAGUACAAUACAA